GUUGUUCAAUCUUUACCCCGAUGGCUCCUGUAGGACUAGUUCGCGGGGAUGGUUCGGUCUAUCCCAGAAAACCGCAGCUCAGCCACUAAUUGCCGGCAUUGACCCUGGAAUCGAUGAUUCUUUCAAUUGUUAUCUUGAUCUUAGAAGCAUUCCGCAACAGAGAUCGCCAAUAGGCCUAAACGGAACCCUGGAAUUCAAGUAUCGCAACAAAGCAAUGUGUUCAGUCACUCUCUAAGGAGGAGAGAAGAGUCAACAAUGCGCGGCGCAACAUGAAAGUCCCGGCAGUACAGUCGAAGCCCCAACAAAGAAUACAUGUAGUGAACAAUAUAUGAAGUUUACAGGGGUACAGCAUGGACAGAAGCUUUAUCUUACACCACGAACGCGGUCGAUGCCGGUAUGUUGAACAAAGGGUUUCUUAAAAGCACGUGAGACCGCUUUCACAAAGCUUACCAAUCUAAGGUAUAUUGUACUGCAACCCUAGUCUUGUCUCUUUAUUUUACGGUGGAAGCUAUGUGUUGAGGUUCUCUUUCAGGUGCGAAGAACGAAACAUACCGUUUACUAUGGCAUUCAAAAUUUUGAUCGAUGAUUCCCUGAAUGUCUCGGUCAGUUCCGGGAAAUUUGGGACUGGUGAGAUAUAAAUAGGAGAAAAGAAGUGCGUCAGGCGAACUUGCUUCCACAUCAGGCAAAGUUUCAGGAUCUUUCCAUCUCCCUGUGUCGAUGUCUGGGUCUAUUUAUCUGAGAGGACUAUAUUUCCAAUCCACACCAGUCCUACAACACCCAACAACAGAAGUCCAACACCACAGCACGACAACAAAAUGGGAGCUCCACCAAGUACGACAGUUGAACCCAUCAUGUCGGGAUUUGCGCACAUCACAGAGGAGUCUAUUCGAGAAAGCUCCUAUGUGUUUAUUGACACAAGCGCUGGCAUAGCCAAUUUGAUUGAUUACUUAGAUGGCUUGCCUGUAAGACCUCCAUCCUUGUAUGUAGACCUUGAAGGGGUCAACCUCUCACGAAAUGGGACAAUUUCAAUCAUCCAGAUCUAUGUUUUGCCCCUCGACAUGACAUACUUGAUAGAUGUUCGCACGCUGCAAGAGGAAACAUUCUCGCAGCCGUCCGCUAUGGGCCGCACCCUGAAAGACAUCUUCGAAUCACCCUCUACUCCUAAAGUAUUCUUCGACGUCCGCAGUGACUCUGAUGCACUCUACAGUCAUUUUGGCAUAAGCCUUGGGGGUGUGCAGGAUGUCCAGUUGAUGGAGCUUGCAACCCGCAACUUUCCGAAAGAUCUAGUUCACGGGCUUGGAACAUGCAUCGAGCGAGAUUUAUCAAUGUCAUCAUCUGAACAACAAUCUUGGAAGAUAAGGAAGGAGAACGGCCGUAAACUAUUCGCUCCGGGCCAGGGAGGCAGCUAUGAGAUUUGGAAUACUCGCCCACUUCCUGCUGACAUCAUGCAGUAUUGCGUCCAGGACGUGAAGAUCUUGCCCCGCCUGUGGCAGAAUUACAAACGGUCAAUGUCCUAUCGCUGGUCAGUGUUGGUCGAGAAUGAGGUCAAAAACAGAAUCAUCGAUUCUCAUUCCCCAGAUUACAUUGAAAAGGGGAGGUUACGAACUUUGGCACCUCGUGGCUGGGAAGACAUCCACUUUCGUUAAAAUAGAACUAGAUGGGCAUAUACAUGGAAACUGCUAUACUGAAUGCAUGAUUAAAGGUUAAAUCUGCAACAUUUUCCAAUAACAUCGUAAGCAUACUCAAAUGGUCGAAGAGCACAAUAUAAUACCUGCUCUACCUAUUAUGCAAGACAGUUCGCGCAUAGACUAAGAGCGACCUUGAUAAAGGUCAUGCCAAUGUCAU